ACGAAGAGAGUAAUAACUUUUAACAAUGAAUCUACUAUCUAGAUUUAUAGCUAGAAUACUUAUAUUUUGAGAUGGAGUAUUCACUUUUUCUCACACCACCGUAGAGUGUUGUAAAUGGCUGGACGAGUAACUUUUCAAAUUCACCCAUAUAAAGGUUGUGUUUAGUUCACGCCAAAAUUAGAAGUUUGGUUGAAAUUGGAAGAUGCGAUGGAAAAGUUGGAAGUUUAUGUAUGUAGGAGUAGAAAAGUUUUGAUGUGAUGAAAAAGUUAGAAGUUUGAAGAAAUAUUUUGGAGCUAAACACGGCGUAAGUUGUUUUUUUAAGGGAGGAAGUACGUGACAAUUUCAGGAUUCACUGAAUAAACUUUUCUGGUACUCGGGUACUCCUCAAUUACUCUCGCUACGUUUGCUCAAAUUAUUGCUCGAGACUUGAGCAAGCCCCUCCUCAAUCUACUUGUCCUCAUGCAGUCACGCUCCCUGUUGCUAUAGUCAACUGGAAGCAGGCUUUCUUCUUCACGUACUACGCCUGUGCCCCUCGUCACACCUGCCCGCCAUACGAUUUUACCAGUGGUAAAAACCUGUGUCUCCUCUCCCCCCGACGCGUCAAAUCACACCAUCGAUCCCUGGUUGCAGUACAUCCGUGCUGCUGCACGGCCGCCAUGAUUCAUCAUCAUUCGUAGGCUCAUAGCGUCGCUAGCGCGCGGCUACUGUUUCACCACACUCGUGUUUUUUUACUGUUUCACUUAGCUCACGCUCGAGUCACAGUGAGGCCAGCUUGGGUGACGAUAUAUAGUACCACCUCUCGCGCUCUCUUCACGUCAAGAAGAAUUCCCUCAGCUCAGUUGUAGGCGGAGGCGUCAACAAUGGCGCCAUUGAUGUCAGGGAGUGGUGGUGGUGGUUCUGCUCGGCGCCGCCCGCUGCGGCAGCCGCCGGUGGUGGAUGACGACGACGUCGGCUGCAGCUGCCCCAAGCAGAGGCUGCUCCGCUCGCUCCUCUCCUCGCUGGUGUCCCGCGCGCGCGGCGCACUAGGCGGCAGGGCGGUGUCGAGGCCCAAGUCGUCCGCGCCGCCGUCUUCGUCGGCCUCCACCACCACCACCGCCGCCGCCGCCUUCACCUCCACCUCCACCACCGGCGCCAGCGCCACUACCGUCGACUCCUCCAAGGAGUCGUGGGGCCCCGCGACGUACGCCGCCACCAACACGCACACGCUGUACGAGGUCGAGGACGAGGUGAGGCGGCAGAGGAGGAAGGACAUGAGGAGGAGGAGGAGGAGGAGGGCGGCGGCGUGGGACGAGGAGGAGGAGGAGGAAGGAGCAGCGGCGGUGGCGGUGGCGGUGGAGGUGGAGUCGGCGGCGCCGUACGAGGAUUUCCGGGAGUCGAUGGUGGCGAUGGUGGUGGAGAAGGAGAUGUACGCGUGGGAGGAGCUGAACGCGCUGCUCCACCAGUUCCUGACCCUCAACUCGCCGCGCCACCACGCGCUCAUCCUCCACGCCUUCGCUGACCUCUGGGCCCCGCGCUCCGGCCUCUUCUGCCCUCCCUCCCCGUGCCAAGCUCUCUGAUGGUCUGGUCCCACCCACCAGCCGCAAGCGAUUGAGAUCCUUUACAGGCACGGUUUUUGUCACGGGCAUGUAUGGGACUGGAGAUCAUCGGUCCACAUGUUAAUGACCAAUGUGAUAUUUCAUUUGUUCCAAAAUAUUAAAAUAUUAGCUAGAAUAUAAUGUAAUACUUUCUAUUACUAAAAAGGUUUUUCCUAAAUUCAUUA